AUGCGCCGCAGCCCGGUUGCGGCGCUGAGGGGAUACCUGCUGGGCGGUGUUCCCUCGCGUCGAGGAUGCCUCGCCGCCCAUCCUGUCGCAACGAGGCCUGCUUUGGUCGGGUGGAGGCUGCCCGGCGCUGUUCUUGUCCGAGCUCUCCACGCAGCUCCCGAGGCCACUGCUACACCCUCGCGACCGCCUGCUGUCCCUCUCCGGAAGCAGCUCAAGGACGAGGCCAAGCAGGCCAAGAAGCAAGGGAAGAAGAAGUCAAAGGGCGAGUCCCAGGUGGUCGAGGGCUGGGAACUGACCGUCGGAAUCGAGAUUCACGCCCAGCUCAACACAUCGCGCAAACUCUUCUCCUCCGCAAUCACGUCCUUCAACGACGAACCCAACAGCCAUGUCGCGCUCUUCGACGUCGCCAUGCCGGGCAGCCAUCCCCUGCUGCAAGAGGACAUUCUUCCGCCUGCCAUUCGAGCUGCGCUGGCCCUCAACUGCGACGUGCAGCGUCCCUCCGGAUAUCAGAUAACCCAGUAUUACGAACCUCUGGCAAGAAACGGGCACAUUACGCUGCGUGCGCGAGACGGCAUUGCCCCCGAGGACGGUGAGAGCGUCGCCGUGGGCAUCAAGCAGAUCCAGCUCGAACAGGACACGGCCAAGACGCUUGCGCAGACCGGCAAUGUGCACUGGCUGGAUUUCAAUCGCGUGGGCGUGCCCCUCAUCGAGAUCAUCACCGAGCCGCAUAUUCACCAUCCACGGACGGCCGCCAUCUUUGUCCGCAAGGUGCAGCUUCUCCUCAACACGGUCGACAGUUGCGUUUCUGGCAUGGAGACGGGCGGUCUCAGGGCCGAUGUGAAUGUAUCUGUGCGGAGAACCGAUGGCUCGACCAGGGAACUCGGGACGAGGACUGAAAUCAAGAACCUGAGCACCAUCAAGGCCAUUGAGGACGCCAUCAUAGCCGAACGAGAUCGCCAGAUCCGAGAGCUGGAGGCCGGCGGGGUCAUUGCAGGAGAAACGCGUGGCUGGACACUUGGCUCCAAGGAAACAAGGCGGCUCCGAGGCAAGGAGGGCGAGGUCGACUAUCGCUACAUGCCCGACCCUGACAUUGCGCCUCUGGUGAUUGGUGACGACCUCGUGGAACACCUGCGGACGUCGCUUGCCGUGCUGCCCGACGUCGAGAUGGACAGACUGGUCGACGAAUUUGGACUUACGUCCAAGGACGCCCUGUCGCUCAUCACGUUGGACAUGGGAGCUCGCAUCGAGUACUUCUAUCGGGUACUGGACAGCCUCGAUGCGAAGAUCCGAGCCGAGUUUGCCCCAUCGACACUCCCGGACUUGAAGAGCUACUCGACUCUUGCCGGAAAUUGGAUCAUCCACGAGCUCGGUCGGCUCACGACAUACAAGGCAGGGCCACUGGCCUUGGGAGAGCUCUCGUUUACGCCCGACGGCGAAUGCCCCCAGGUCCCCGCCUCUGAGCUAUCGCAGCUGCUCUACCACCUCUACCGCAAACACAUCACGGGCAAAGUGGCCAAGGAGCUCCUCGUGUCGAUAUACCUCGGCGAGCUCGAGGGCGGUGUGCUACAGGCAAUCAAUGUCAAUGAUCUCUGGUUCAAGGAGAUCUCCGAGCAAGAAUACUCUGCGCUGGCGGACGCGGCCAUGGAGGGCGAAGAAAAAGUGCUUCAGGUGUUUGUCGAGUAUGAAAAGUUCCCUCAGGGCAAGCUCAUGUACCUUGUGGGUAAGAUGAUGCGCCUCGGGCCGACGGAGCGAAUCGACCCUGCAACCGCCGAGGGCAUCGUGAGGCAACGGGUCGAGGCCAUGCGGGAGCCGUGA